AAAAAAAAAAAUAAAAAAAAUAAUAAUAAUAAUAAAUAGAGGGGACCCGCUACAUCACUCCGCCUACCUCGUUAGGUUUAUUAGGGAAGCAGAAAAAAAAAGGAACCAAAAAAAAAGAAGGUCGCUACUGGCGCACUCUAAAACUUACCUAACCUAACCUUGGAACCAUUGGCAACCUCUGCAUUUCAACUGCAACUACACUACUACAACUUCUUUCGACCUUUUCUCCCAAACCAAACCUUUAUUUUAUUUUAUUUUUCGUUCCCUUCUUUCAACGUCGUCCACAAGACAAAAAGCACGUCCCCAUAACUUGUCUCGGAUUAGCCUUAAUUAAUCACCAAGGGCAUUCUUCUGCUUUCUAGCAGCUAAUUCCACACGACUUUAUCAAAACCACUCGACGUUUCGGACCGUCCACUUUUACGAAGCAAGCAAGCAACCCCCCCUUCGUAAAUUCCACACCAAAAGCCUUUUAAUACCACCAACCUACAUACCAACUAGGAUUGAAUCUCGAUAGCUUGGAUCCUAUCUACAACACGAGACAGGUAUAAGCUUGUUUGCGCUGACAACAUGGCUGACAACAGUGAUAUCAACACUGUUCUCAGUAACUCUCUGUCCCCAGACGCGGCUACGCGAACUGGCGCCGAGCAACAGCUCACCCAAGCUGCAGAGACCAACUUUCCCUUGUAUCUAGUGACCCUAGUUCAGUCCUUGUCAGAUGAGAAUGGACAGAGCAACAUUCGAGUUGCUGCGGGUUUAGCCCUGAAGAACGCCUUCACAACCCGCGAAUUCGCUCGUCAGCAAGAAAUACAGGCCAAAUGGCUCCAACAGACCGACCAAGAUACCAAGAAUCGCGUCAAGGAACUUGCCAUCCACACCCUUGCCUCUGUCAAUGCGCAAGCUGGCCAGGCUGCCGCUCAGGUCGUCGCCUCUAUUGCUACGAUCGAACUCCCUAGAAACCAAUGGCCAGAUCUUCUACAGGUCUUGGUUCAGAACGUUAGCGCUGGCGCGCCUCAUCAGAAGCAGGCUUCGUUGACUUGUAUAGGCUACAUCUGCGAAAGCCAAGAUUCUGAGUUACGAACUGCCCUGAUCGCGCAUUCCAAUGCCAUUCUUACGGCAGUCGUCCAGGGUGCCCGCAAGGAGGAGACUAACCAAGAAGUCCGUUUCUCUGCCAUUUCCGCACUCGGCGACUCCCUCGAGUUCGUCGGUAACAACUUCAAGCAUGAGGGCGAACGAAACUACAUUAUGCAAGUCGUUUGCGAAGCAACCCAGGCCGACGAUGCGCGCAUACAGCAGGGCGCCUUCGGUUGCCUUAACCGCAUCAUGGGCCUUUACUACGAGAACAUGCGUUAUUACAUGGAGAAGGCCUUGUUUGGUCUGACAAUCCUAGGCAUGAAGAAUGAUGACGAGGAUGUCGCAAAAUUAGCUGUGGAAUUCUGGAGCACUGUGUGCGAGGAGGAAAUCAACAUCGAAGAAGAUAACGCGCAGGUUGAUAGUGAAGAUCAGAUGCGUCCAUUCUACAACUUUGCCCGCGUUGCGACUACCGAGGUCGUCCCCACGCUAUUACAACUUCUCACUAAGCAGGAUGAGGAUGCUACAGAUGAUGAGUAUAAUCUCUCGCGUGCUGCAUAUCAAUGUCUUCAGCUUUAUGCUCAGGCUGUUGGCCCCAACAUUAUCCCUCCUGUCAUCAACUUUGUUGAGGCACACCUCCGAUCCGAGGAUUGGCACUUCCGUGAGGCUGCCGUUGCCGCUUUUGGUGCGAUUAUGGAAGGCCCAGAUGAGAAGGUUCUUGAGCCCAUUGUUAAGCAGGCUUUGCCUAUCUUGAUUAGUAUGAUGGAGGACAGCCAUACUUUUGUCAAGGACUCUACUGCCUACGCCCUAGGACGUAUAACCGAAGCCUGUUCGCAAGCCAUUGACCCUGAGACGCAUCUUGACCCCUUGGUCCGAUCCCUUUUUGCUGGUAUUCACGAUAUCAAAAUGGCCGCGUCCUGUUGCUGGGCGCUCAUGAAUCUGGCGGAACGAUUCUCUGGUGACUUUGAUGCCGUCAAAAACCCACUUACACCGCAUUUCAACCAGAGUGUCCAGACUCUUCUCACCGUGACUUCGAAUGCCGGCGCGGAGACCUCGGUCCGUACUACGUCUUAUGAAGUUCUCAGCGCAUUUGUCCAGCAUGCAGCAACUGAUAGCUUCCCGGCCAUUGCGCAACUUUCCGACGUGAUUAUCAAACGACUUGAGGAGACUAUCCCUCUGCAGAGCCAGGUUGUCAGCAUUGAGGACAAGAUUGCUUUGGAAGAAAUGCAAACAAGCUUGAGCAGUGUUAUGCAAGCUAUCAUUCAGCGACUCGAGAAAGAAAUCUCUCCCCUUGGGGACAGGAUCAUGCAUGUGUCGCUGCAGAUACUCAGCACGGCCGGUGCCAAGUCCAGCGUGCCUGAAUCCAUAUUUGCCACGAUAAGUGGAUUAGCAAAUGCUAUGGAAGAUGACUUUGCGAAAUAUAUGGAUGCUUUUACGCCAUUCCUAUACAAUGCACUUGGCAAUCAGGAAGAACUCAGUCUCUGCGCCAUGGCCAUCGGCCUAGUUAGUGACAUCACCCGAUCGAUGGGCGAGCGCAGCCAGCCUUACUGCGACAACUUGAUGAACUAUCUUUUGAAUAAUCUCAGGAGCACGACCCUUUCCAACCAAUUCAAGCCCGCCAUUCUCCAGUGCUUUGGCGACAUUGCUAAUGCCAUUGGUGGCCAUUUUGAGACGUACCUCUCAGUAGUUGCCCAAGUCUUGCAACAGGCUGCAACAGUGACUGCUGCUCCUGAUGGAUCUUACGAGCUUUACGAUUAUGUUAUCUCCUUGCGAGAAGGAAUCAUGGAUGCUUGGAGCGGCAUUAUAGGUGCCAUGAAACUAAGUGGCAAGACCGCAGUUCUCCAGCCCUUUGUGCAGUCCAUAUUCCAACUGCUCCAUAUCGUAUCUCAAGACAUGAACCGCAGUGAAUCUCUCAUGCGAUCAUCUAUGGGCGUUAUCGGUGACCUAGCUGAUGCAUUCCCUAACGGCGAACUUGCUGAGGCUUUUAGGCAAGAUUGGGUGACUGCCAUGAUCAAGGAGACAAAGACAAACCGAGAGUUCCAGUCACGUACGAUUGACACAGCCCGAUGGGCUCGAGAGCAGGUCAAGCGACAGCUUGGCGGCACAACAUCCGUCAUGCAACAUACAUGAGCCUAGCACUUUGCUACUUUGGUCAUCAUUCCCUCCCCAAUCCACCCAAACGCACCGCCGCGCAUCACAGCACUCGACCCUCCCGACAAGCAAGUCCGACUUAGGUCUAGCCUUGUAUAACAAAGUUCGGAGGUGAACCCAGCAGCAAUACAACCCCAGCACCCAAAUUCCCCCUCCAGCACUCUCCAUUCACGAGGACCCAUGUGUAUAUAGAUUACCCCAUCCCCAUCCCCAUGCCCCCCUUCCCCUACCUUAGUAUUCCAAAUCCUAUCGCACCAGUUCCUCUAAAGGAGAGAUCCCCUCUACCCACAGCACAGCACAGCACAGCACA